AUGGAUUCCACCACAAUCAAGAAGAGAAAGUCCCGCGACUCCAAUGGCGUAAAGGUCUCGAGCAAGAAGCGAGCCGAGCCCCCCGCCGCCGCCCCCGCGCAAAAGUCGAAGAAGGUGAAGCGCAGCAAGGAGCCCGAGCCCGAGCCGGAAUCCGACGAGGAGGAGGUUGAGGCGGGCAGCGAAGAGGAGGAGGAAGAGGACGUCGCAGACAACUUCAAGGAAACCGAGAACCAAGAAGAUGACGAGGCCGACGGCUCAGACCUCGACGAGGACGUCAAGGCGCCCGCGAAGAAGGCAGACGAGGGCGACGGCACCGACAUCCCCAACCGCGACAACCUCACCCUCCCGCCCGUCGCCGGCGCCGAGGCGCACGACUUUGCCCAGCUCAACCUCUCGGAGAAGACGAUGAAGGCGAUAAAGGAGAUGGGCUUCACCAAGAUGACCGAGAUCCAGAGGAGGGGAAUCCCGCCCCUGCUGAGCGGCAAGGACGUGCUCGGCGCGGCCAAGACGGGUUCCGGCAAGACACUCGCUUUCCUGAUCCCCGCCGUCGAAAUGCUCCACGCCCUGCGCUUCAAGCCCAGAAACGGCACUGGUGUUAUUGUCGUCUCGCCCACGCGCGAGCUGGCGCUGCAGAUUUUCGGCGUCGCCCGCGAGCUCAUGGCGCACCAUUCGCAGACGUACGGCAUCGUCAUUGGCGGUGCCAACCGCCGCGCCGAGGCCGACAAGCUGCAAAAGGGCGUGAACCUACUGAUCGCUACGCCCGGCCGCCUGCUGGAUCACCUGCAGAACACGCCGUUCGUGUUCAAGAACCUCAAGUCCCUCAUCAUCGACGAGGCGGACCGGAUAUUGGAGAUUGGUUUCGAAGACGAGAUGCGCCAGAUUGUCAAGAUCCUGCCCAAGAACGACCGCCAGACGAUGCUCUUCUCCGCCACCCAGACGACAAAGGUCGAGGACCUCGCGCGCAUCUCGCUGCGACCCGGACCCCUGUACGUCAACGUCGACGAGGAGAAGCAGCACAGCACGGUUGAGAACCUGGAGCAGGGAUACGUCAUCUGCGACGCCGACAAGCGGUUCCUGCUGCUCUUCUCCUUCCUGAAGCGGAACCUGAAGAAGAAGGUCAUUGUCUUCUUCAGCAGUUGUAACUCGGUCAAGUACCACGCUGAGCUGCUCAACUACAUCGACCUGCCGGUGCUGGACCUGCACGGCAAGCAGAAGCAACAGAAGCGGACGAAUACGUUUUUCGAGUUUUGCAACGCCAAGCAGGGCACCCUCAUCUGCACCGACGUUGCGGCCCGUGGUUUAGAUAUCCCCGCAGUAGACUGGAUCGUCCAGGUCGACCCCCCCGAUGACCCGCGCGACUACAUCCACCGCGUCGGCCGAACCGCCCGCGGCGCCAACAGCAAGGGCCGGUCCCUCAUGUUCCUGCAGCCGAGCGAGGUCGGGUUCCUGACGCACCUCAAGGAGGCGCGCGUGCCCGUCGUCGAGUUCGACUUCCCCGCCAACAAGAUUGCCAACAUCCAGUCGCUGCUCGAGAAGCUCAUCAACCAGAACUACUACCUCAACAAGAGCGCCAAGGACGGCUACCGCAGCUACCUGCACGCGUACGCCAGCCACUCGCUGCGCACCGUGUUCGACAUCAACAAGCUGGACCUGGCCAAGGUCGCCAAGAGCUUUGGCUUCUCGACACCGCCGAGGGUCGACAUCACCGUCGGCGCGAGCAUGAGCAGGGACAAGAAGACGCAGGGCAGGAGGGCGUACGGCAGCCAGCCUAGACAGCAGCAGGGCACCGGUGGGUUCUACAAGAAGCGGUAA